CCACAAGCAAUCCAUCCUCUCUUUCUCCUUCCCUCUAAUGGUUUCCAUCAUCUUAUUUACACCGCCGUGGUUUUGCGCCUCAACUCUCCUCGCCUUUUCUUCUCUCUCUCUCUCGACCUUUCGAGGUCAACCUAUGUCAUGGUGCGUCAUGCCUUUAAGCUUCUCCGUAUCACCAUCAUCACUAUCCCAUGAUUCAAAUACAUCUCGCAUCCCUCGCUCCUCCCUUCCCUUCCUUUCUUCCUUCCUUCCUUGACAAGCUCAAGCAUAAUAGAGGAAGAAGAAGAAGAAGAAGAUCCCCACCUAUGGCCAUGGAUGACCAUGAUCGAGAUGAUACACCCCACACUGGCCUUUCUCUUACGCUGAGUUAUGAUGGGAGAAGCGAUCUCUCGAUCGGUAGUCGUCCCCAUUCGAGCUCUGGACUCGAGCUGCAAAGAUCUUCUUCGACUGCCAAGGCACUUGAGCCCUCUCUCACCCUCGCACUCCCCGGCGACGUCUGUGCCUCGGUGGAAGUUGAGAUGGGUAGAGAUAUUGGUAGCAGGCACUCUCCUCCUCCUCCUCAGAGUCAUCAUCCCUGCAAGAUUAAGAGGGAGGACGAUGUAAGGAGCGAGGAGGUGGAAAAGGUUUCGUCCCGGAUCAGCGACGAGGAGGAGGAAGACAGCGGUGCUAGGAAGAAGCUCAGGCUCACCAAGGAGCAGUCUUCCCUUUUGGAAGACAAGUUUAAGGAGCACAGCAGUCUCAAUCCGAAACAAAAGCAAGCUCUGGCUAAGCAGCUGAACCUUCGGCCUCGGCAGGUGGAAGUGUGGUUCCAGAACAGGAGAGCGAGGACCAAGCUCAAGAAAACGGAGGUGGAGCUGGAGUUCCUCAGGCGAUGCUGCGAGACGCUGACCGAGGAGAAGAGGAGGCUGCAGAAGGAGCUGCAGGAUCUCGAGAAGUCGCAUAAGCUCUCGGCGACGAGGCACAUGCAAAUCCCGGCGAUGUGUCCGUCGUGCAAGAAGGUCAUCGGCGGCGCUGAGACUGGUUCUCCCUUGCCGGCCUCGAGGCCUCGCUUCUUCAACCCCUUCGCCCACCACGCAGCAUGACUGCUGUUAUAUGCGAUCCCCUUGUGGGAAUAUAAUAGUAUUUGGUUUUGCUUCAGGUGAUACUGUUGUCAUCAAUUUAGAUCUAGAGACCAUGAUGGUGAAUGCUCUCUCUCUCUCUCUCUCUCUCUCUCUAAGACACAAAAACCCUAUACAUUGAUGAUUGAUGUCAUGUGAGUGGUUUUGAAUGAGCUCAUUUUCUGCUGAAUGAA